AUGCACUCGACCACAUCGCCGGCUAUUGAGCCAAUUGGCGAUAUUGAGAAGCAUGGAUACAGUACUCAGGCCCCCCACGACGACAAGGACGUACUCGUCCCUCAACUCAAUGUUGGUGGUCAUGGUGCCACUCAGAGACGCCUAAAGGACUACCAGGUUACUAUGAUUGGUUUCUGCAGUGGUAUCGGCACAGGUCUUUUCAUUGGAACCGGUUCUGCAUAUGCGAAAGCUGGGCCUGCGGGUCUCUUGCUAGCCUACAUCAUUGUUGGUGCCGUCUUGUGGUGUGUCAUGCAGAGCAUCGCCGAGUUGGCAACUUUGUUUCCCACUGCUGGUUCAUUUCCUCAUUGGGCUACCCGCUUCAUCGACCCUGCUGUUGGAUUUUCUCUGGCUAUCUCCUAUGGCUACUGCUACACCAUAGCUAUAGGAUCAGAAUGUUCGGCAGCUGCAGUUCUGGUAUCUUAUUGGACGGAUAUCUCACCUGCAGUGGUCAUUAGCAUAUCCUUGGCGCUUAUACUCGCGAUCAAUUUGAUGAGCGUGAACGUCUUCGGUCACACUGAAGUCGUCACUGGAGCUAUCAAAGUAGCUUGCUUCAUCGGCCUUGUUCUUGUCUCUAUCGUCAUCACAUCUGGAGGUGGUCCCACCCAUGACCACAUCGGGUUCCGCUAUUGGCACGAUCCCGGAGCUUGGGUUGACUACAAUGAUAUCGGUGGAUCAACUGGUCACUUUCUGGGAUUCCUGGCUGCUUUUGUUAACGCUAGUUUCUCCUUCAUUGGUGUCGAAACCGUUGUCAUCACGGCAGCCGAGUCGGUCAACCCCCACCGCGCUAUUCCUAAGUCUGCCAGUAGGGUCACAUACAGAAUUGGUCUGUUUUAUGUCCUUGGCGCUCUACUGAUCGGCCUGAUCGUCGACCCACGCAACGAGAAUCUGGUCUCGGGUACUGGCAACGCAAACAGCUCUCCGUGGGUCAUUGCUAUUCAGGAGGCCGGCAUCAACGCCUUGCCCUCCAUCGUCAAUGCCUGUAUUCUCGUUUCGGCCUGGUCUGCCGGUAGCUCCUACUGCUGGGUCGGAUCGCGCAUGAUCGUGGCUAUGACGACGGAUCAUCAACUGCCACAGAUUUUCGGAAGAACCUGGAAGAAUGGUGUUCCGUGGGUGGCCGUUAUUACGUCGUGGUUGUUCGGGCCGUUGGCAUACCUGAGUCUUGGCGCGGGUGGCGCUUCGCAAGCUUUCACUUGGCUCCUGAACUUGAGUACAGUCGCUGGUCUCAUUGCGUGGUCAACAUUAUGCUUCUGCUAUAUCCGUUUUCACCGCGCACUCAAAGUUCAGGGUGUUCCUCGUGAUAGCCUUCCAUGGAAGUCGCCAUUCCAACCAUACACGGCUUGGGUCGGCUUCAUUGGAUCUGCCAUAAUCACCCUCAUCACUGGAUUUCCUGUCUUCCUCCAUGGCAAUUGGAAUACGGCGGAUUUUAUCGCGUCGUAUGUUGGUAUCCCGAUCUUUAUUGUCCCCAUUAUUGCGUGGAAGCUUUGGCACCGGACGAAGUUGGUUCGUGCGAAAGACAUGGAUCUUUGGUCUGGUAGACUUAUGUGA